UUCUUUUCAGAUUACGAACCAAAAUCUUUUAUCAGAAAGCAGUGGUGCAUAAUGACAAAGUUCCACAGAUAUCGCCGUUUAGCUUUCAUAUUAUUAUCAUGCCAUGCCACAUAUAUUUUAAUAAAUUGGUUCAUCAUUGGGAAACUUCUAACAAGCGUGCACUUUUCGUCGGACGAUAAAGGCGUUUUAACAUUUAUCAAUGUAGUGAAGGAAGACAACAUAAGCAGCAAUAUAAGUAGGAGUGGAAAAUGGGUAAUUAAGUUUAAGGAUGGCAGUAGCAAAGUAUUAAAUAGAACAAAUGGAAUAGAUUCUUUUGACUCUGAUCAUGUUAGAAAGACUGAAAACCAAGAAGCACAUUCAUCUUUGAAGGAUACAUUAUCUACUUGGCUUUCUUCCAGUAGUUACAGACAUUCUACUUUGAAGUUUGCAAUUCAGCAAAAUCGUUCGCAAUUGCAAACUACCGCUCUUUUGCAAAAUAACCAUUCUGAGCACAACUCACUCAAAACUGAACAAAUCUUCAAAAAAGCUCAUAGCUUGGUGUUUGAAAUGCAACGAAACCAAUCACAGUCUCAAAAUACAACUCGUCUACAAGCCAAUCUCUCUGUGUACAAUUCAACCGAACAAAAUUCCAAAGUAGUCAAACGUCUGAUGUUUGGAAGAGAACGAAACCAAUCUCAACUUCAAACUAGAAAGCAUCAUAGGUAUCCUGAUCCCAAUGUGUCCGAAAACAAUUCCAACGUAACCAUGUCUUUAUCUACUUCAAAAACAACCAUCACUAAAGAAACUUCAAUGCCUAAAUCCAAAAAGAAAUCUGGUUUGAUCAUAGACACUUCAGGAUGUAAGAUACCAAAAUUGGAUCCAUUUGAUCCAACCGUGAAAAAUUUGACAGAACUCCGUAUACCAUAUUAUUGUCCAGGCCCACCAUUAUUUAUGACACCUGAACCAAAUGGUAUAGUCCGUCUUAAUACUUUUGUUCUGGAGAAAUAUUACAAUACUACUCCAGAAGAAGUAAAAUGUUAUUUCGAAGCUAUAAUACGCAAAUACGAAGAACCUGGAAAUGUUAGAGAAAUCAGCUUUAUCGUUGCUAAGGCGCGAGAGUUAGUAUUUGAUGUACCAAUGGAUUAUGAGUACAUUGCAUCAAAGUGCUUCUUAAACAACAACUACACCCAUGAACAAUACUUUCCACUAGUUAAAUUAAAAAGGGAAGUAGAGGAAGUGAAAUCAAAAAUAAAACCUGCUGCGCCUCUAAAUGUAAUACUUUUAGGGAUUGAUUCGGUAUCUAAAUUGAAUUUCUUCAGACAUUUUAGAAAAACGAAACCUUUCUUAAAAAACAUCAAAUCUUUUGAUAUGAAAGGAUAUACAAAAAUAGGAGACAAUACAUUCCCAAACUUGAUGGCAAUGUUAACGGGCCAUUUUGUGGACUAUUACUGGGAUGAGACAAUGAGAGACGAUUUCUUUUUCGAUAAUGUUAGUUUAAUUUGGAAAGAUUACGCAAGAAAAGGAUUUAGAACAUUUUUUGCUGAAGACACUCCGUACUUUGGUACAUUUAACUUAUUAAAGAGAGGAUUUCAUGAUCCGCCCACUGAUUAUUACUACAGACCAAUGGCGUUAGCCAUUGAACGAUCAAAGCUAAGGGCUAAGGCUAGAGAAGAUAACUCUCCAUGCCUAAAUUCAGAAAUGGAAACGGAACUUAUGUAUGAUUACUUGAAAAACUUUGUUAAAACGAUGGAUAAUAGACCUUAUUUUGCUUUUUGCAUGGAAUCCAUGCUUACUCAUGACUAUUUGAAUGGUGCUGGCCGUGCUGAUGCACCAACAUUAAAAUUACUUCAAGUUUUACAAGACGAGGGAGCUCUCAAUUCAAGCGCUUUGAUCAUAUUCAGUGACCAUGGCUUACGUUUUGGUGAAAUAAGAGAAACAUACAUAGGCAAGUUUGAAGAAAGAAUGCCAUUCAUGUACCUACAUUUUCCAGAAUGGUUUCUUAAACAACAUCCAGAUAUUGAAAACAAUCUGUCAAUCAAUCAAGACAGACUUACGACAUUAUUUGACAUCCAUGCCACUUUAAAACACUUACUCCACCUAAAUGAAAAUCACACAGAGGAAACUGAUGAAUUCGGAUUGAGCCUUUUUAACGAAAUACCAGAGAACAGAACUUGCGCUGAUGCUCACAUUCAACAACAUUGGUGUCCAUGCAAUAGUUUUAAACAAGUGUCAGUAAAUGAUUCAACAGUCUUAAAUAUUUCCCUAGCUUUGGUUAAACAUGUAAAUGAGCUUUUGCUUCCUCAUGCUAAUGUCUGUUCUACGCUGGAAGUGGCAGAAAUAAUGGACGCGCGAUUGGGAUUACCGAAUGAAUAUUUAUUAAAAUAUAAAAGGCUUGAGGAUGAUAUUCAUCAUAGAGUUGUUAUAUUAGGUGAUGAGCCUCCAUUGCUCGUUGAUUAUCUUGUGACGCUGAAAGUAAAGCCUGGUGGCGGUAUACUUGAAGGUACAGUGCGAUAUGAUGCUGAAAGGGCUCUUCCAAGAGUUAUUGGUGUCAGUAGAAUUAACAUGUAUGGUGAUACUUCAUGGUGUAUAAACAGUCAGUCACUUAAACUUUAUUGCUAUUGUAAGAAACAAUUGACAUGAACUAUUGAACACAGUAAUUAUUGCGAAGUUAAAGUCUCAGUGGAAAAUGAUGAUUAAAAAUUGUUCAAAUGUUAUUGGUGUCAGUAGAAUCAACAUGUAUAGUGAUACUUCAUGAUGUGUUAACAGUCAGUCACUUACACGUCAUUGUCAUUGAAAGAAAAAUUGGCAUGAAUUGAAAAAUAUGGUAGUGUCUGCGACGUUGAAGACAGUCCAACAUGAUGCCUGAAAAAACUGUUUCUAUAGUUAUUGGUGUCAAUAAAAUUAAAAUAUAUGGUGAUACUUCAUGAUGUAUGAAAAGUCAGUCCCUUAAACUUUAUUAUCAUUGAAGAAAACAAUUGAUAUGAACUAUCAAAUAUGGUGGUGACUGCGACGCCGAAGAAAUAGAGCAAUGUGAUGCCUAAAAAAAGCUAUUUUUAGAGUUUUUGGUGUCAGUAGAUUCAACAUCUAUGGUGAUACUUCAGGAGGUAUAAACAGUCAAUCACUUCAACUUUACUUAUUUAUUUUUUAUUUUUGAAAGAAUCUAUGGAAACUCAGAAUUAUUAAAUUUGGUAGUUUCUGCGAUGAAGAUAUAGUCCUGUAAGAUACCAAAACAGCCUGUUUCAGAGCUUUUUGGUAUCAGUAAAAGCAUCAUAUAUUGUAAUACUUAAUGAUGUAAAGAGAGUAAGCCAUUUAAAUUUUAUUGAUGCUGAAAGAUUAAGUUAACAUGAGUUAUUAAAUAUGUUAGUGACUCGGAUGUUAAAAAAAACAGUGACCUAUGAUGCAUAAAAAUCUGUUCAUUAUUCAUGGUGCAUAAAUAAUCAGUCAUUAUUUAACGAUAUUUCAGGAAAUAAUUAGCAUGGAUCAUAAGAUAUGGCAGUGACUAGGAUGUAAUUAAUAAAAUUCACCUGAUUAAAAAUUACCUAAAACGACAGAUAGGAUCUCACUCAAAUGUUUUUAACUUAAUUUAUGAUCUUACGUUACUUUGCGUUUACUGAUAUGAACAUUUGAGUUUUAACAUAAUCAUGAUAAUAUAUGUUAGCUAAUUCAGUCAAAAUAUGCAAUUUGUUUGACCACUUUUGAAUUCAUUAAAAAAGAAAAAGAACAGUCUUCCUUUAACACAAUCAUUUAGUUAAAAAAAAAUUGGACUUCAGAUCACUUUUCUGAAAUAUUAACGACGUUUUGAGAUUGAAAAAUAUUUUUAAAGGAAAUCGCUGUUUCAGUAAUGGCGCAUGAAAACUGACAAUCUGACAUUUGAUAUCUUCACGGUAAAAAAUUCUGGAUCAAAUUACGGUAUAAAGUACCGGCAGUUCGGGGGGGGCAUCAUCCGUAAAUUUCUUUUCACUGUAAAAUCUGCUUUUAACCGUAAAAUAUUACACCGCGAUUUUUCUUACAAUAAAAUUAAACUAAUUAGAUUGUUUAAGUGGUUUUAAAGUAAUUAAUGCUGUAAAAAUUACUAUAUAUCAUAUGUUUCAUUUUGUAACAUCCUGUCAAAAAUGGAUUUUGCUGUAAGGAGUACCUCUACUCUGAGUACCGGUACUUUUUACCUUAAUUUGAUCCGGAAUUUUUUGCAGUGUGGACGAGUACUAGUUAAACUGAGUUUCAGAAAAAUAGUUCAAGGAAUUUAAAUCAGGGAUAUUGGGUAACCAGAAUUCUUUAUAUUCGAGUGUUCAACAUUGUUCACGUUGUUCAACAUUGAUACUGAAUUCUAACUAAGCGAUUAACUAUAUUUUUAUAUUUUUUUAGCUUUGAGCAUAUACUUUGAACAUUUUCCCACUCUAUUAUUAAUAAUAAUGUUUAUAAAUUAGCAAAGUUUUUUUUCUUAUAUUCAACACUAGCAUCCAUUCAACAAAUCAUUCGCAUCUAUUCCAGUUCAAAUAAAUUGUUAAAAAUAUUCGAUAUAUAAAUUAUUAAAUUGAACUAAUCGUUCAUUUCAGUUCGAUAUUAACAAUAGUAUCAUGCAAUGAAGUUUAGAAAGGAUUAAUUUCAAAGGUAAGAAUGCCCCUUUUUGCCACAUUACUAUAGUUGCAACAAAUUCAUAAGAUUAUAGAACCAAUUCUCAAAGCUUUAAGAGUGUACAUAAUUGUAAAUUGAACCUCCUAGUUCCCCUUAACAAUUUUGAUGAAUGCUUUUAUGUAAAUUUACAUAAACAGAGAAACAAAAUUUUGUACACAUUUUUGUUUGUACACAUUCAAUAAGUAGGUACAAGUUUUGAAAUCACGAAUUUAAAUUUACAAGGAUCUCUAAAGAGUAGUCUUACAAGAUUGAGCACUGUAAUAAAUUUUGAAGUAUGUUAAACCACAAAGCCGUUCAAAUUUGCUGCAACAUUAUCAUGGUGCAAAGUUAAAACUUCUUAUACUCUACCUCUUAAUUUUAAUUGCGUGAUACUAUGGUUUAAUUCAUCACAUUGUUGAGGCUGUAGAAAUUUUGCACUGUACUAGUACUUGUAGAACCAAUAUUAUGGUGCAGUGUUAAAUUGAGUUUUGGGCGACUGUAUAAGUUUUUAUAAGUGUGUGACAUCAUAAAAAAUUAUUUUAUUUUAUAAGUGCAUUUUAUGUUUAUCAUCAUUAUUUAUUUAUUUUUUCAUAGUUUUAAUUUAUUAUUUAAAAUUAAAAGCUAAUGUGAAUAUAACAUGUACGAUCAUUGUCUGUUUCAUAAAAGUGUCUAAUAAAAUGAAUUAAAUAAUUUUCA